GACAGUAGCUCUAGUCCAGAGCGACCUGUCAAAUCCGAUUAGCGCUGUUUUCACCGUUUGUUCCCUUAAUCUAUUUUGGUUUUACGCAGCUACAGCCUGAACGAUACGAUUUUGCGAUUUUCCAUUGUGUAUAUACAUGUUCUUGUCAUUUGGGUCCGUUCAGAACACUUUCUGAAAGUUUGAGGCAUUGCAACGUGGGUGUAUAUAUUAAUUUCUGGUUGGUGAGUCCUGAGUGAGUUUAAGGCGCUAGUGUCUGCUGCUUUGCAGCGCGCUGCGUGGAUAGGACUCCAAACUUUUCCCUGCACGUCCGUGGUAAACUUGGAUUACCUCUUUCGCUCCUUCACAUCUACUUCCUCUCCCUCAUUUCCUGUCCAACUCUCUUUGAAACUAUGAGAGAGAUGUCACAGAUAUGACAUCAACAACAACGACCACUUAUCGAAAUCGACAGCGAGAAGGGGUCUCACGGAAAAUGCAGAAGAGCGUGCGAUAUAAUGAGGGCCACGCUCUAUAUCUGUCGGUUGUCGCGCGUAAAGAGGGCACAAAACGCGGUAUCAUGAGCAAGAAGUCUACGGAGAACAGUCGGUGGAACGACAAGUACUUCGCUCUCUACCAGAAUGUGCUCUUUUACUUCGACAACGACCAGAGCACGCGGCCCUCUGGGAUUUACUUGCUGGAGGGGUGCACGUGCGAGAGGGUUCCCGCGCACAAAGGCUCCGCGGUCAGCAAAGAGACUGUGGACAAGCAGCAGCACUACUUCCUGGUGGUGUUUGGCCAUGACGGUCAGAAGCCUCUGGAGUUGCGGACAGAGGAGGAGUCAGACUGCAAUAAGUGGGUGGAGUAUAUCCAACAGGCCAGUUACUCUGACAUCAUCAUUGAGCGCGAAGUCCUGAUGCAGAAGUACAUCCACCUGGUCCAGAUCAUGGAGACAGAGAAGGUGGCGGCCAACCAGAUACGCACCCAGUUAGAGGACCAGGACACAGAGAUAGAGAGGCUGAAAGCAGAGAUCGUACUGUUGAAUAAGGAAAAGGAAAGGAUGCUGCCUUGCCAGACUAAUGAAGAGGAGGAGGAUCCAGACAUUAAAAAGAUCAAAAAGGUCCAGAGUUUCAUGCGAGGCUGGCUGUGUCGGAGGAGGUGGAAGAUCAUUGUUCAGGACUACAUCUGUUCUCCACAAGCUGAGAACAUGAGGAAGAGGAACCACAUCGUAUUUAACAUGGUGGAGGCAGAGACAGAGUACGUAUGCCAGCUCUCUGUCCUGGUCAACUUCUUCCUCAGACCACUACGUAUGGCCGCCAGCUCCAAGAAACCUCCCAUCAGCCACGAUGACGUCAGCAGCAUCUUCCUCAACAGUGAGACUAUCAUGUUCCUCCAUGAGAUCUUCCACCAGGGGCUGAAGGCUCGGAUAGCCAACUGGCCCACUCUGGUGCUGGCGGACCUGUUUGACAUUCUACUGCCCAUGCUGAAUAUCUACCAAGAGUUUGUGAGGAACCACCAGUACAGCCUGCAGGUCCUGGCCAACUGUAAACAGAACAGAGACUUUGACAAGCUGCUGAAGCAGUAUGAGACUAAUACUGCCUGUGAGGAACGCAUGCUGGAGACCUUCCUCACAUACCCCAUGUUCCAGAUUCCUCGUUACAUCAUCACUCUCCAUGAGUUGCUGGCACACACACCUCAUGAGCACGUGGAGCGCAAGAGCCUGGAGUUCGCCAAGUCCAAACUAGAGGAGCUGUCAAAGAUGAUGCAUGAUGAGGUGAGCGAUACAGAGAACAUUCGUAAGAAUCUGGCCAUUGAGAGAAUGAUCGUAGAAGGUUGUGACAUAUUACUGGAUACCAGCCAGACCUUUGUCAGACAGGGCUCACUGAUCCAGCUCCCAUCCAGCAAUGAACGGGGCAUGCUCAGUAAGGUCCGUCUGGGCUCUCUGUCACUCAAGAAGGAAGGAGAGCGACAGUGUUUCCUGUUUACAAAACACUUCCUUGUCUGCAUACGCACCUCCGGGGGCAAGCUGCACCUGAUCAAGCAGGGUGGGAUGUUGACCCUGAUAGAAUGUACACUUGUAGAGGAGCUGGACGCCAAUGAUGAGGACUACAAUGCAGGAAGUCAGGGCUUCAACCACCUGGAGUUUAAGAUCAUGGUGGAACCCCCUGAUGGCCCCGCCUUCUCUGUCAUCCUAUUGGCUCUCUCCCGCCAGGAGAAAGCUGGCUGGACCAGUGACAUCAGUCAGUGUAUAGAUAAUAUCCGCUGUAAUGGCCUGAUGACCAGUGUGUUUGAGGAAAACUCUAAAGUCACUGUGCCGCACAUGAUCAAAUCGGACGCACGUCUACACAAAGAUGAUGUGGACAUCUGCUUCAGCAAGACGCUCAACUCCUGCAAGGUCCCCCAGAUCCGCUACGCCAGCGUGGAGCGGCUGCUGGAAAGACUGACUGACCUGCGCUUCCUGUCCAUCGACUUCCUCAACACCUUCCUCCACACAUACAGGAUCUUUACUACUGCUGCUGUGGUCAUGGACAAACUGGCUGACAUAUACAAGAAACCCUUUACCUCUAUACCGGUCAGGUCUCUGGAGUUGUUCUUUGCUACCAGCCAGGGGACGUGGGGCGGCGAGCACUUCAACAACAAAUCUCCCCGUCUCUGUCGCAAGUUCUCCUCUCCUCCUCUCACCACCCCCUCUCUCACCUCCUCCCCUGUCCACUCCCGCAAACUCUCCCUCUCCUCCCCCUUCCACUCCCGCAAACUUUCCCUCUCCUCCCCCUUCUCCUCCAAGGCAGGAGUCCUAGACCUCUCCACCCCUUCCUCCUCUGCUGCUAACUCCCCCACCUCCUCCCACCCUCCCUCCUUCUCCCGGUCUCCCACCUCCACCCUGGCUCCUUCAGGGUUCUCGUCCCCCCCUCCCACCUCCAACCGGGCUGCGUCAGGGUUCUCGUCCCCCCCUCCCACCUGCACGCGGGCUCCCAGCCUGCCAACAAUCCCGGGGCUCUCCAACUCCCCUCACACCACCUCUCUGGACCAUCCUCCCAGUUCUCCGGAACCUGCCCCCCCAACGCUGGAAGACGGAGGAGGAGACAUGCCACGCAUCGACGCCUGCUGUGGGAAACUCAGACGCAGCAUCCGCAGGGCUGUUCUGGAGACCGUUUCUGUGGAGAAGUUCCUUCCAGAGUCUAACCCUCAAGUCAGCGAGGACAGAGUCCCCCUGACGGAGUCCCCCUGUCGCUCCCCCUCUACACACCGACACAUGCGAUACAGACAGUCUGGAGGCUCCACGGGGGAGAACAAUCGUGGUACGAUGUCACCAGCCUCAGCCUAUGCUAUUGCAACAGCAGCUGCCGGACACGGCAGUUCCCAGGGUUUCAAUAAUAGCGAGAGGACCUGUGACAAGGAGUUUAUCAUCCGUAGAGCUGCUACCAACAGAGUCCUCAAUGUACUGCGUCACUGGGUCUCCAAGCACUCACAGGACUUUGAGAUGAACAGUGAGCUAAAGAUGGGUGUAAUGACUCUACUGGAGGAGGUGCUACGAGACCCCGACCUGCUGCCUCAGGAGAGGAAAGCCACUGGCAACAUAGUAAGUGCCCUUUCUCAAGAUGAUCAAGAUGAUGCUCAACUUAAGAUAGAAGACAUCCUACAGAUGGUGCAGCUUGUGCUGGGGAGAGUAAAAGGCCACUCUGAAAUGUGCAGUUAUGUUUCACUAUAUUGGAUCACUCCGCGGCGGAGGGAUACAUCCGAGACGGAGUGUCCCAAAGCAGAGUGUUUUGAUUCUCUGUCUGCGAUGGAGCUGGCUGAACAGAUCACCCUGCUAGACCAUAUUGUGUUCAGGAGCAUCCCUUACGAAGAGUUUCUGGGCCAGGGCUGGAUGAAGCUGGACAAGUUGGAGAGAACUCCAUACAUCAUGAAGACCAGUCAGCACUUUAAUGAUAUGAGUAACCUGGUAGCGUCUCAGAUCAUCGCCCAUACAGACGUGGGCUCCAGGGCGAACUCCAUAGAGAAGUGGUUGGCUGUGGCUGGUAUCUGUCGCUGCCUCAACAACUAUAAUGGAGUUCUGGAGAUCACCUCAGCUCUCAACCGCAGCGCCAUCUACAGGCUGAAGAAGACAUGGGCCAAAGUCUGCAAACAGACCAAGUCACUGAUGAGCAGGCUACAGAAGACCGUGUCAUCAGAAGGCCGAUUCAAGAACCUGAGAGAAACCCUAAAAAACUGCAACCCUCCAUGUGUGCCCUACCUGGGGAUGUAUCUGACUGACUUGGCCUUCAUCGAAGAGGCAACACCCAACUUCACUGAGGAGGGACUUGUCAACUUCUCCAAGAUGAGGAUGAUGUCUCACAUCAUCAGAGAGAUCCGUCAGUUCCAGGGUGCGCCCUACAGGAUAGAGCACCAAGCCAAGGUUACUCAGUUCCUGCUGGAUAGGACUCUGGUGAUGGACGAAGACACUUUGUAUGAGCUGUCCCUUAAGAUUGAACCCCGCCUCCUUCCUAGCUAAACACAAAGAAACACCACACAGUUGGUUUCACUCCAGCUGGCACUUAGUAUUUAGUAUUCUUAUUAUCAUCAGCUUGGUAACCAUGGAACCGAUGGACGGGAGAGCCCUGAGAGUCACCUGGUUUAGGGUUCUUGUUACUUUAGCAGCAUUGCCAAUGAACAACUCAUGUGAAGACGUGCCUUGCUUGUAAAUAUCAAGAUGCUGUAAUACACUGUAUUAGUGUAGUGAUAACUGUUAUAAUGAUGAUCUUGCAUACAUUUCAAUGUAACAUAUAAUAAUGUAUGCCAUUUAACAGAUGCUUUUAUCCAAAGCAGCUUACAGUCAUGCGUGCAUACAUUUUAAGUAUGGGUGGUCCCAGGAAUCAAACCCACUGUCCUGGCGUUGCUAACAUCAUGCUCUACCAACUGAGCUACAGAGGAUUCACAUUGAAGAAGACUGAACCCAGUUAGAUUUAGGUUUGGCUGUACCUGUGACUUCGAGAGGGAGAAGUUUAGCUGGCCAGACUAAUGGCAGCUGUGGGAAGAGACUAGUGAGGAGGGACAGUGGCUGUCUUUAUAUUGUCCUCUACUGGUGAACUAGUGGAAGGUCAGCCUCAUAUCUUAAAGUGAUUGUGAGCAUUCCCCAAAAGACUUUUCAAAUCAAAUGUUAUUGGUCAUAUACACGUAUUUAGCAGAUGUUAUUUGCAGGUGUAGCGAAAUGCUUGUGCUUCUAGUUCCGACAGCAAUAUAUAACAAGUAAUAUCUAACAAUUUCACAACAAAUACCUAAUACACACAGUAAAGGAAUGGAAUUAAGGGUAUAUAAAUAUAUGGACGAGCAAUGUCAGAGCAGCAUAGACUAAGAUACAGUAGACAGUAUAGAAUUAAGCAAUAAGGCCCGAGGAGGUGUGGUAUAUGGCCAAUAUACCACGGCUAUGGGCUGUUCUUAUGCACUACGCAUCGCAGAGUGCCUGGACACAGCCCUUAGCCGUGGUAUAUUAGCAAUAUACCACAAACCACUGAGGUGGCUUAUUGCUAUUAUAAACUGUUUACAAAUGUAAUUAGAACAGUCAAAAUAAAUGGUUUGUCAUACCCGUGGUAUACGGUCUGAUAUACCACGGCUGUCAGCCAAUCAGCAUUCAGGGCUCGAACCACCCAGUUUAUAAUACAGUAUUGUCACGCCUCCACCUGCUCCCCUCCCUGAUGCUCGAGAGAGCCAGGCUCCCCAUCAUUACGCACACCUGUCACCAUCAUUACGUGUGUCCGCGCAAUAUUGGACUCACCUGGACUCCUUCACUUUGUUGAUUGCCACUUUUAUAUCUGUCUGUUCCUCAGUUUGUUCCCUGUGUCAGCAUUAUUGUCUCUAUGUUUUCCCUGUCCAUACGCUGUCCUUGUUUGUUUCUUGUCAGUUGUUUAUUAAAUGUUCACUCCCUGUACUUGCUUCUCGUCUCCCAGCGUCUGUCCUUACAGAAUGCUAACACCCCAAUUUGAAGCAUCAGGGAGUAUUAUUAUAGUUUUUUUCUGGUGACGUCGGGUCCAGGUGCCGUUGCCGGAGGAACCGGGAAUGCCUCAGCUGGUUUGUUGGGCUCCCAUGCCUUAGCUGGCUCGAGAGGUUUCCUUGCUUUAUUUGGCUUGGCAGGCUCUCACACCAUGUCAUGCCUUGGCCGCCUCAUCAGGCUCCAGAGCCUUGGCCGGCCCAGGUGGGACUCCCCCUCCCUGGCACUCGAGGGUGCCAGGCUGCUCAUCAUUACGCACACCUGUCACCAUCAUUACACACUUCAGCGCAAUAUUGGCCUCACCUGGACUCCUUCACUUUGUUGAUUGCCUCCUCUAUAUGUCUUUUCCUGAGUUUGUUCCCGGUGUCAGCAUUCAUAUUGUUUUGUUUUCCCUGUCCUGACGCUGUCCGUGUUUGUUUCAUGUCCGUUAUUUAUUGAAUGUUCACUCCCUGUUCACUCCCUUCUCGUCUCACAGCGUUGGUCCUUACAAGUAUAUACAUAUGAGAUGAUUAAUGCAAGGUCUGAAAACAUUAUUAAAGUGACUAGAGUUCCAUUUAUUAAAGUGGCUAUUGAUUUCAAGUCGUGUAUGUAGGCAGCAGCCUCUCUGUGCUAGUGAUGGCUAUUUAACAGUCUGAUGGCCUUUAGAUUGAAGCUGUUUUUCAGUCUCAGUCUCAGCUUUGAUGCACCUGUACUGACCUUGCCUUCUAGAUGAUAGCGGGUGAACAGCCACUUUUCUCAACCUUGUAAUGUGUAAUAUACAGUAACUUAUUCUCCUCAGAGCCAAACAAUAUAGAGAAUAUACAUGUAUAUGGCUCCACUACUCCCAGUCUUUACCCAAAUUGCAGUUUCAGCAAUGUUUAUUUCAAACAUCUCUGUUUUGGAGAUGACAAGAUUCAGAUUAUGUUCUUGGGUAAAGGGAUUUGAGCCAAACAAUUUCUCACUUCUAGUGUGAAGUACAGUCUUUAAAGUUACUAACAGCUUUUGUCUGAAUAUUUAUGUUGUAGUUUAUCUUUGGAUGUGUUUAUGUAUUAGUAUUUGUUUGAUUGUUAUCUGAUUACUUGUUCCAACAGUAUUAUUAAAAUAACUGCACUAUUGAUUUGUAAAGUA